ACUCCGGUAUCACAUGAACGAGCCGGGACCAAUCCACACGCAGCCCUAUCGAAGCACUCGGUUCCUCCACCGAGAUAGGGAGGAAAAAUGACAGAAAAGGGAACCAUGACUCCGAGCAUCUGAAGAACAAAUAAAAUUGAACGCAGCGUGGAUCUUGUACCUGGUCAUUGUUUCAUAUUCGGAGCAGGAAGACUGGAAUAAUAUGCAGUGGAGAGAGACGGAAUGGUUACGAUAAUGGCUCGAACAUAUUGAAUAGCCCUCGACGCUCAAAGGAAAGACAUUAUACUUCAUUGAACCUUCCUCAUCUUGACGGGCUUAUUUAAUGGCUUCAAUCCUCGCCGUCGCCGACCCUUGUCUUUUCCGUAGCUCUGUUGAGGUCGAGUCAGGGUGGAUCGCGUGAACCUCUAUAUGCCAAACACUGGAACGCCAUUAUUCGGCCUCGAAAUCAAAAGACAGCCACCUGAUCUGAUUCAACGCCGUCGAUUUUCGCUGAGGGGAAUCAUGGAUUUUAACGGGAGCGGUGGGGGAAACGAGCUGCACAACAAUCAGUUUUAUCCGUCCGAAGAGAGUAAGCCUCUGCUGGGGGAAAUGUCCGCGCAGCAGCCGCCGCCGCCGGAGGGGAAUAAUAAUCACAAAGCGGGGCCCUGCAGCAAGAGGAGCCUUCUACACAGCAGCAGCGGCAUGAGAUACAAACUGCUCCAGGAGGGGGACAUCCAGGUGUGCGUGGUCAAGUACCCGCGGACCUUCCUCAGUAAGCUCCUCACCUCCAAAUUUUUACGGAGGUGGGAGCCGCACCACCUCACCUUGACGGACAGCAGCCUGGUGUCUGCCACGCCCACAGGAUACAUGGAGGCCCCUCUGUCUUACAGCACUAUCGAGGACCUACAGCUGUUGUCCUGGGACAACGCCCCUAAAUACUGUGUCCAGCUAAGCUUCCCUGGAGGGACAGUCCUCCUGCAGGCUGCUAACAGCUAUCUGCGGGACCAAUGGUUUCACUCGUUACAGUGGAAGAAAAAGAUCUACAAGUACCGCAAGGUUCUGAAUAACCCGAGCCGCUGGGACGUGGUUCUGAAGGAGAUCAGGGCCCUGGUGGACAUGGCCCUCACCUCACCCCUGCAGGACGAAUCCAUCCAUCAGGCCCCGCUGCACAUCAUCUCCACCCUGCUUGCUGAGAACACUAACCUCAGCGCUCAGGACCAUGAGAACAUCAUUGUGGCCAUCGCACCCCUGCUGGAGAAUAACCACCCUCCCCCUGACCUGUGUGAAUUCUUCUGCAAGCCUCAUCCUCGGGUUCUCCCCAAUCUCGUGGCGGUGUGCCUGGCUGCCAUCUACUCUUGCUACGAAGAGUUCAUCAACAGUCGGGACAACUCUCCCAGUCUCAAGGAAAUCCGAAACGGUUGUCAGCAGCAAAGUGAGAGGAAGCCGCCCAUGCCUUUGCGCCUACUGCGGCCUGAGCCGCCCACGCCUCCCCCGACCACCACCCUGUCCCCACCUCCGGCCCUGCCCCUCUCACCACCACCUUCUAUCGUCAACUCCAGCGAGAUCCUGGUAGAGCUAGAGCGCAACAACAACACCACUAACACACUGUGCAAGGCCCCAGCAGAAGGCGACAGCGAGCCCAACCUGAUCGACUGUCUACUGGUCAGCCCCGCGCUCAACGCCCUGUCCAUUCAGCUGCCUGCCCACGCCGACAGAGUGCUGGGAUGUUUUGCCCUCAUCCUUAAGAUGCUGUGUCGGGACAACUCUCCCAGUCUCAAGGAAAUCCGAAACGGUUGUCAGCAGCAAAGUGAGAGGAAGCCGCCCAUGCCUUUGCGCCUACUGCGGCCUGAGCCGCCCACGCCUCCCCCGACCACCACCCUGUCCCCACCUCCGGCCCUGCCCCUCUCACCACCACCUUCUAUCGUCAACUCCAGCGAGAUCCUGGUAGAGCUAGAGCGCAACAACAACACCACUAACACACUGUGCAAGGCCCCAGCAGAAGGCGACAGCGAGCCCAACCUGAUCGACUGUCUACUGGUCAGCCCCGCGCUCAACGCCCUGUCCAUUCAGCUGCCUGCCCACGCCGACAGAGUGCUGGGAUGUUUUGCCCUCAUCCUUAAGAUGCUGGCCCUUGCACAUGCCAAAUUCACAAAAGAGCUGAAAUAUGUUAUUCAGAGGUUUGCUGAAGAUCCCAGACAAGAGGUCCACUCCUGUUUGCUCAGCGUGCGCUCUGGAAAAGACGGGUGGUUCCAGCUCUACAGUCCAGGAGGCGUAGCUUGCGACGAUGACGGAGAGCUGUUUGCUAGCAUGGUCCACAUCCUCAUGGGCUCCUGCUACAAGACGAAGAAAUUUCUCCUGUCCCUGGCUGAAAAUAAACUGGGACCCUGCAUGCUCUUGGCCCUGCGGGGGAACCAGACCAUGGUGGAGAUCCUGUGUUUGAUGCUGGAGUACAACAUCAUAGAGAACAAAGACACUCAGCUACAGAUCAUCUCCACCCUGGAGAGCACCCAGGUCGGCCUGCGCAUGUAUGAGCAGCUGUGCGACAGACAGAGAGAGCUAAAAGAACUGCAAAGAAAAGGAGGCCCUACUCGACUUACUCUGCCCUCUAAAUCUACGGAUGCUGACUUGGCUCGUCUGCUGAGCUCCGGUUCCUUUGGCAAUCUGGAGAACCUCAGCUUGGCGUUCACCAACGUCACCAGUGCCUGCGCCGAACAGCUCAUCAAACUGCCAUCCCUCAAACAGCUCAACCUAUGGUCCACCCAGUUUGGAGAUGCUGGGCUGCGUUUGCUAUCGGAGCAUCUGGCCUGUCUGCAGGUUUUGAACUUGUGUGAGACUCCAGUCACGGACGCUGGCCUGCUCUCCCUCAGCUCUAUGAAAAGUCUGUGCAGCCUGAAUAUGAACAGCACUAAACUCACAGCGGACACAUAUGAGGACCUGAAGGCCAAACUACCCAAUCUAAAGGAAGUGGACGUUCGCUACACGGAGGCGUGGUGAACACGACGCUCGAGGAGAUUUAUAGACACAGGAAAUCGCUGACACAUGAUCUGAACACAACAUAAUCAAGAAACGAGGACUGUAUUUAUAGGGCCAUCAUUCAAGGACCUUCUGAUAAUAUCAUAAACGCUCAAGAAUCAUCUAGUGUCUCAUGCGAGGAUGCUCUUCGCAGCGGCAUCGAAAUGCAAGAAUAUGUCCCGUGACAUCAUCAGACAGCACAGGAACCUUUCUAAUGACAUCACCAGGGGACUUUUUCCUCUGUCUCGUUCUCGCCUAACCCUUCAGAGGAUCCAUGUCCCUCGUUUUAACCCAUAACCGGCGUCCUUUUUCGUCCCUCCAGAAGACAUCAGACCACCUGGAUACAUUUCCCCUGUGGUACCAGCGUCUGGUGAAGGCCUGAAUAUUCAAAGCCACAUUCCAGUACAGUUUUGAUAUCACUUCCUGUGUGGAAAGCCAACUUCCACAUUGUGAUGGGGUUUUUUUUGUUUUUUUUGGUCUUGUUACAUGUGUGCUUGGUCCUCUCGGUUCAGAGUCCAUCGUUUUUGCAUCCUCACAGAGAUUUCUGGUGUAAAAUGUGUCUGUUAACAAUGCUCACAUUCAUCUGUAUAUCGCUAUCGCUCUGAAAAUCAUUUUUUAUCAACUUGAAUAAGCAUAUUUUUCCAUACACUGCUUUCAUAUACGUGUGUGUUUGUAAAGAAAAUCGGCAUAUCCCCAUUUUUAAUGCGGACAUUUCAGGGGCUUCGCUAAAAAAAAAAAGUUUCUGUUCAUCAUUUCCUUUCUCUUCUUUUUUUUUUUUAGCCACACUGUGUACAGUGUAAUUUUAAUUUCACACCCUAUUUAAGAGAACGUCGUCCAGGAAGUAGUCUGGGACUACUGUGUAUUUAUGAGCCCCCCUUUCUGGUCCUUUUUUCUUUUAUGAAGUACUUUUGUCAAGCAUACUGAACCAAGAUGGUGCCUAAAACAUUUUCUGUAAAGAUUGCAUCACCUAGCAACGUCAGUUAAGUUGUACAUAGAUACAUUACGGACUUUUAAACAGAUUAAUAGGCUUUAUUAUUCUCUGUAAACUUCGCCUCUAGUGGUUGAUAGGAGUCUACCACGAGUGUCCUGCCACAAAGGUUGACAAUGUUCCUCAUAUUUAUAUCGAAAUCGAGCCAAGAUUUGCGCUAUGUUCAUAAUGGCUUGUUAUGCAGUUUAACCUUUUUAUAUUUCGUUUUCUCGCUUUUGUGAUCAACGUCUCUUCGAACAUAUAGUUUAUGACCACUGUAAUUAGUUACAGUCAAUAUCUUGACUAGUAGAGAAACAAGACGGUCGGAAAUAAAAGAAUCAGUUUGCCGUCUUAACUUAAAUGGAGUUUUUCUUAUGUUUACAAAGGCGUGUCUGUCUCUACGCCCACGUUAAACUAUAUCCAGAGAGUCGCUGCCCCGGUCUUGAAAGUAGCAGUUCCAGCUUCUGUGCGUUCGAUUUCACACAGAUAUAGAUGCCGUCCAGAGGGGGGCGUUCAGUACUGGGUGCCAUAAUGGCACCAACUCGUGUUCUGCCAUCUUGCAUAGUUGCAUACUGUAUAAUGUACAUAUGAGUGUAUGUAAUUUCCCGUUUCUCUUUCUCUCAAGUUUUUGGGAGACUUUGUUGCCUUUAUUUUUUUAGAUGUGUGCAUAUGGUCACCCGUUUUUGUUCCCUUUCCCGCCCCCAGACCAAGUGCACUGUCAUUGUGUUCUUUUUUUGUUUGUUUGUUUUUUGACUAUGAUAAGUUUAAUCCAUUUUUGUUGCCCGUUUUGUUUCUCUUUUUGCAUGUUUGCAAUUUGAUCAUAUAGAUUUAAUAGAAAGGGUCAAAUCACUAGCCCCUUCAACCAAUUACCAUAUGGAUCAAUACGUGUUUCUAAAAGUGAAAGAUGGACAGAGUUAGUGUAAACCGAUGGAUUAUAUUGGGAGUGUGUUAUUAAGGUGGACUAGAAACUGUGCCAUUCUGUACACUGGUGAAACUCAAGCUGAUGCAUUGUAAUGGUCUCCAGUCCUAAAAGCGGACCGUUUGUCUCUGUGGCGGGAAGGAUUCAGGGGGUUGGGUUUCCCUCGGCCUUCAUUUUGUUACGAAAUUAUAAAAAAAAAGCGCCAUAUCUUUGAGACAAUGGCUAAUCUAUUGAAGUUGAAAUCCAGUUUGUACAUCAGUCAACCGUUUCCUGAUUCAUUUGUAAUAUCCUGUGGAACUCACUGUGCUAUUUGUGUUUCCAAUGUCUCCUUAUCAACAUAUUAUAAUGUCUCAUUAAUUUCAGCUUUUUUAUUUUUGUUGAAAAGCGCUUUUUGCUAUGUUGAAUUGAGACUGAGUCUUAAUCUGAUGUGGGUGGGCGCUGCGCGGCCCCUGCGGCAGUCGUGUACAUACAGAAUGAACUACAUUUCCCAUGACUCCUGGAGUUUUUGCAGAUAGAUCUGCUGCCCUUAUUUCUUGUUUUUCUGCUUCUAUCUACAGCUGGGUUGCUGCUGCUGCUGCUGCUCUGUGGCUGUUGUAAUGAGAACACAAUCUUCAACGGGAAAAUAAGCCUAAUAUGUGAACCAGUUUCAAUCAAAAUAAACUGUCUGUGAAUAUGUUUCAAAUA